GCCGCGGCCGCUCGCUUCCCUCUGAGGAAACGGGAGUGAAGAAACAACAGCCGCCAUUUUGUUUGUGUGUGAGCGACGAGGGGAGGGAGCGAACGAUUGGGACCGAGCUGGGCGGGCAGAGCCUGGGAGGGGGAAAGCAACGACAGAGAUCUCCAGCAACUCAGGGCCCCUGGCCGGUCAGACCUGAGAGAACCCGAAACCUCCGUGAUACACCCACUACACUAGCUCGCAGCCAGUAGUGGAGUACGCACUCCCGGCUUCGGCUAGAGACUCGGGACCCUGGGUGGACCCCACCCACAGUCCUUCCUGGCUAUUGAGCCCUUUCGCGGGGUCAGGAGGCCGCCUCGCCCCGAUUUGGAGAGCUGUUUCUUCUCUCUACACCCCCGUUCCCCUGGUUCUACAUGGCGGACAUGAGACGGAGCCGCUCCAGAAACGCCUGAGGCACCGCGUCUCCGGUUCCGAUGAGAGUCUUAUCCUUUCCGUAGACCAAGCGCUCGAAACCAUCCUUACCCCCCGGGGAGGGGGAAGAGGCAGAAAGAAGGGGGGGAGGGGCCGCUGUUGCUGCUGCCUUCGCCGCUGCUACUACUGCUGCUGCUUCCUCUUGCUGCUGCUUUGGGAUCGAUCCCUCCGUCUGACCAGAAGGGGGGUACCCUGCUACAGAGAAAGAAAGGAAGAAAAGGUGGGGGUGGCGGGGCGCGAGUCCUGAAGCCCACCCUCUCCAGACCCCAUCCCAGGAUCUCUGCUGCCUCCAUCGGGACAACAACCCCUCCUCCGUCUCCUUGUUCCUGCACAACAAGAUGUGAAGCGGAGGCUCCUGGGACUUAGCUUCAUCCUCCUCCUCCUUCUUACGGCUCCCUUUUCUGCAGCCAUUAGUGACUGGCGAGAAAGGCGCAGGGGGAGUUGGAGACCCUCGAUACGCUUCGUCUGUGCCCCCCUUCCCCAGCCCCCUCUUCACUAGCAGUGGGCAUUUCCCCUCCUUUGCAGGCUGGUUUUUGGAAAGAGGGGAAAGGAUCUGCGAGCGGAGGAGAACGAGCCUUUCUCCUUUUUUCUCCUCUCCUCCUUCGCCCGCCUCCUUGUGGCGAUGAGGAGGAGGAGGACGACGCCGAGGAGGAAGAGGUUGAUGGCGGCGGCGAAGAGGCAGCAGGAGGAGAAGACGACGACCCCCCGGAGGAUGAAGAUGGUGGUGUUGGCGGCGAGGAAGCACCAACAGCCCCACAGCCGGAUUUAAUUCGAUUUGCAAAUCCACCAAGCCCUCUUAAUUGUCUUUUGGAAAGGGGCUGCUCUGCUCUUUUCAUCCUUGUUUUUCCCUGUGGCCCGGAGAAAAGACUGCUUCCCCCACCCUGUUUCCCAUCUCUGUUCCCCCUUAGUCGUUGCUACCCAACGGAGACCGAUCCCGAGGGGCAGAAAAAGAGGAACUUUGUCCCUUUCUUUCUUCAGUUCCUUCUCAUACUGUUGUUCGGUUGAUUCCGGAUCCAAUAAGAAGGUUGACGGCAUUGGGGAUCCCCAUCUUCAAUUUGGGCUCUGUUUGUCUAAAAAGAAUUAAAAAUGGCCGAGAAUGUGGUGGAGUCGGGCCCGCCUUCAGCCAAGAGGCCUAAACUCAACAACUCACCGUCUCUCUCUGCAAGCGAUGGCACAGAUUUUGGAACCCUCUUUGAUUUGGAACACGACUUACCCGAUGAACUAAUCAGCUCCACAGAACUGGGACUUACCAAUGGUGGUGACAUUAAUCAGCUGCAGACUAGUCUUGGUAUGGCACAAGAUGCUGCUUCUAAACACAAACAGCUGUCUGAAUUGCUACGGGCUGGUAGUUCACCAAACCUUAAUAUGGGAGUCGGUGGGCCAGGCCAGGGCAUGGCCAGUCAGCCCCAACAGAACAAUCCUGGAAUGGGAAUCUUAAACAGUAUGGUCAAAAGUCCCAUGGCACAGGCUGCGUUGACGUCUCCGAGUUUAGGGAUGGGUGCAAGUGGACCAAACCAAGGUCCAUCAACUCAGUCCACUGCAGGAAUGAUGCCAGCAGUAAACAGUCCAGUAAAUCAGCCUGGAAUGGGAAUGAAUGCAGGAAUAAAUGCUGGCAUGAAUCCUGGUAUGAUGGCUGCAGGAAAUGGACAAGGUAUGAUGCAGGGGCAAGUUUUGAACGGUUCAAUUGGAGCUGGAAGAGGACGUUCCAACAUGUCUUACCCAAACCCAGGAAUGGGUAAUGCUGGUAACUUACUGGCUGAGACGCUGCAGCAAGGUUCUCCACAGAUGGGAGGCCAGGCAGGCUUGAGGGGCCCGCAGCCUGGAGCAAUGGGCAAGAUGGGAAUGAUGAACAACCCCAGUCCUUAUGUCCCGCCAUACAGCCAAAACACUGGACAACCAAUUGGAGCCAGUGGGCUUGGUCCCCAGUUGCAGAAUAAACCGGUAUUACCUAACAGCUUACCCCAAUUUCCAAUGGACAAGAAACCAGUGCCUGGUCCAGUAAUGCCUAACAUGGGUCAACAGCAGACUCCUCCAGUUCAGCAGACUGGGAUGGUGUCAACUGCCCCCCAGGGUAUGGGAUCAGGAGCACCUACAGCAGACCCAGAAAAACGCAAGCUCAUUCAGCAGCAACUUGUUCUCCUUUUACAUGCUCACAAAUGUCAGCGGCGGGAACAAGCAAAUGGUGAGGUACGACAGUGUAACCUCCCUCAUUGUCGAACCAUGAAGAAUGUCCUCAAUCACAUGACGCACUGCCAGGCUGGAAAAUCCUGCCAGGUGGCUCAUUGUGCAUCUUCACGACAAAUCAUAUCACACUGGAAGAAUUGUACACGGCAUGAUUGUCCUGUGUGUCUGCCUCUCAAGAAUGCUGGGGACAAAAGAAAUCAACAAUCAUUACUAGGUGGUGCUGCAGUAGGACUUGGAAAUUCUGGUUCUGUAGGAGUGGGACAGCAGACAACACCCAACAUAAAUGUUAAUAAUCAGAUUGACCCCAGCUCUAUUGAGAGGGCUUAUGCAGCUCUCGGACUGACAUAUCAAGGGAACCAGAUGCAGACACAGACUCAGGCUCAAGUGAAGAGCCAGCAACAAGGACAGUCACCACAGGGACUUCGCCCCAUGAAUCCCACGAAUGCUAAUCCUAUGGGAGUGAAUGGAGGUGUUGGAGUUCAAGCCCAGAGUCUGCUACCUGAAUCAAUGUUGCAUUCAGCUAUGAAUUCUCAAAAUCCUAUGAUGAAUGAAAAUGCCAAUGUUGCCAGUCUGGGGGCCAUGCCAACAGCAACACAUCCAUCUGGCAUUGGAAUUCGAAAACCAUGGCAUGAAGAUAUUACUCAGGACCUCCGAAAUCACCUUGUCCAUAAACUAGUACAAGCCAUAUUUCCAACUCCUGACCCUGCAGCACUAAAAGAUAGGCGCAUGGCAAAUCUUGUCUCCUAUGCUCGGAAGGUGGAAGGGGACAUGUAUGAAUCAGCAAAUAGCAGGGCAGAGUACUACCACUUAUUAGCAGAGAAGAUUUAUAAAAUCCAGAAGGAACUGGAAGAAAAAAGGAGGACUAGACUGCAGAGGCAGAACAUGAUACCAAACCAAGUCAUGCCGUCAGCUCCUGUGAAUCAAGGGUCUAUGGGGCAGCCGCAGCCUGGGUUAACAUCAAAUGGUCCUCUUCCCGACCCGAAUAUGAUUCGUGCCAGUGUGCCAAAUCAGAUGGUGAAUCGCAUGCAGACACCACCAGGAAUGACUCAGUUCGGCAUGCAGAUACCAUCAGUUGGACCCCGGCAAACUCCUCCCCUACAGCAUCCUGCACAGUUAAGCCAGACAGGGACCAUGAGCCAGUUACAGAUGGGAUUUUCCCCACGUAUGCAACAGCAAGGGGUUGGACAGCCUUCCAGUCAGAGCCAGUUCCUGCAACAGAAUCAGUUUCCUGCAUUGUCCCCUGGAAUGAAUCCAACAAACACGCCUAUGACUCAGCCUGGCAAUCAGACUCCAACUUCUCAAGCACAAAUGACCAGCUCUUCCUGUCCUGUGACUUCUCCAGCAGUGGCUCCAGGUUCUCAGGGGAGUCAUAUUCAUUGUCCCCCUAUUCCGCAGUCAACUUUGCACCGAAACUCUCCUUCUCCAGUACCAAGUCGUACUCCCACACCUCACCAUACACCCCCAGGUCUGGUAUCCCAACAGCAGCAGCCAUCAGCACCACCACAGGCCACAAUUGCCUCUGCUCCUGCCAGUGUUUCUCAAGCAAUGCCACCUGGACCACAGUCACAAACUAUGCACCCCCCUCAGAGGCAGACUCCCACACCUCCCCAGACUCAGCUGACUCCACAAGUGCAGCCUCCAGUUUCUGUUACCCCUUCUGCAGAGCAACAGCUGCCACAGCAACCUCUCUCACAACAGAGCACGACUGCAUCUGUGCCCACACCAACAGCAACGCUGCAGCCUCAACAUCCUACAACACCCCUUUCACAGUCAGGUGCAAAUAUUGAUGGGCAGGUAUCAAACCCACCAUCCACCAGUAGUGCAGAUGUGAACUCUCAGCAAGCUGCCCCUGAGCAGCAGCAGCAACCUUUGCCUGAAAUUAAAAUGGAGGUUAAAAUGGAAGAGGAGGAGUCAGAACAAACAGACCUUCAAAUGGAAGAGAAACCAGAGGUUAAGGUAGAAUCCAUGGCCGAAGAAUGUAAAUCUGAACCAACAGAGCAGGAGGAGAAGAAACCAGAAGUGAAGCAAGAAGUGAAGGAAGAGGAGGAAAGACCUAGUACUCCAGGUACUCAGUCUUCACCGGCUUCAGGACAGUCGAAGAGGAAAAUUUUCAAGCCAGAAGAGUUGAGGCAGGCACUUAUGCCAACUUUGGAGGCACUUUACCGUCAAGAUCCAGAGUCCCUUCCCUUUCGACAGCCUGUGGAUCCCCAGCUUCUAGGAAUUCCUGAUUAUUUUGAAAUAGUGAAGAACCCCAUGGACCUUUCUACUAUCAAGAGGAAGCUUGACACAGGACAGUACCAGGAGCCCUGGCAAUAUGUGGAUGAUAUUUGGCUCAUGUUCAACAAUGCCUGGCUUUACAACCGCAAAACGUCUAGAGUGUAUAAAUACUGCUCCAAGUUGGCAGAGGUGUUUGAGCAGGAAAUUGAUCCAGUUAUGCAGAGCCUUGGUUAUUGCUGUGGACGAAAGUUGGAGUUUUCACCACAGACUUUAUGUUGCUAUGGAAAACAGUUAUGCACAAUCCCACGAGAUGCUACAUAUUACAGUUACCAAAACAGGUAUCAUUUCUGUGAGAAGUGCUUCAACGAAAUCCAAGGGGAGAGCGUUUCUCUGGGGGAUGACCCAUCACAACCUCAAACCACAAUAAAUAAAGAUCAGUUUUCAAAAAGAAAAAAUGAUACACUGGAUCCUGAACAAUUUGUUGAAUGUAUAGAAUGUGGAAGAAAAAUGCAUCAAAUUUGUGUACUUCACAAUGAGACAAUCUGGCCAUCUGGCUUUGUUUGUGAUGGUUGCCUAAAGAAAACAGGGCGAACCCGAAGAGAGAAUAAAUUCUCUGCUAGAAGAUUACCAACCACAAGACUUGGUACAUUCUUGGAGAACAGAGUGAAUGACUUUCUGAGAAGACAGAAUCACCCUGAGUCAGGAGAAGUCAUUGUUAGGGUGGUUCAUACUUCAGAGAAAACUGUAGAAGUUAAACCAGGAAUGAAAGCAAGGUUUGUAGAUAGUGGAGAGAUGGCAGAACAGUUCCCUUAUCGAACAAAAGCCCUCUUUGCUUUUGAGGAGAUUGAUGGUGUAGAUUUGUGCUUUUUUGGUAUGCAUGUUCAGGAGUAUGGGUCAGAUUGCCCACAACCCAACCAGAGGCGAGUAUACAUAUCUUAUCUUGACAGUGUUCAUUUCUUCCGCCCUAAAUGCCUGAGGACUGCUGUCUAUCAUGAAAUAUUAAUAGGAUACCUAGAAUAUGUCAAGAAACUGGGGUAUACAACUGGACAUAUCUGGGCCUGCCCCCCUAGUGAAGGAGAUGAUUAUAUUUUCCAUUGCCAUCCUCCUGACCAAAAGAUACCCAAACCCAAACGACUGCAAGAGUGGUACAAAAAGAUGCUGGAUAAAUCGGUGUCAGAGCGCAUAGUCCAUGAUUACAAGGAUAUUUUUAAGCAGGCAACAGAAGACCGUCUAACAAGUGCAAAAGAACUGCCCUACUUUGAAGGUGACUUCUGGCCAAAUGUUCUAGAAGAGAGCAUUAAGGAGCUAGAACAAGAGGAGGAAGAACGGAAGAGAGAAGAGAACACUAGCAAUGAGAGCACUGAUGUCAGCAAAGGAGAUAGCAAAAAUGCCAAAAAGAAGAACAAUAAGAAGACCAGUAAAAAUAAGAGCAGCUUGAGUCGUGGUAAUAAAAAGAAGCCUGGAAUGCCCAAUGUCUCCAAUGACCUUUCCCAGAAACUGUAUGCCACUAUGGAGAAGCACAAGGAGGUAUUCUUUGUGAUUCGUCUAAUGGCUGGUCCUCAAGCCAACUCCCUGCCUCCCAUCAUUGAACCUGACCCACUCAUUCCGUGUGACUUAAUGGAUGGGCGUGAUGCCUUCCUCACCCUUGCCAGAGACAAACACCUUGAAUUUUCCUCACUACGAAGGGCAAUGUGGUCAACUAUGUGCAUGCUGGUAGAGCUGCACACUCAGAGCCAGGACCGUUUUGUUUAUACCUGCAAUGAAUGCAAGCACCACGUGGAGACAAGGUGGCAUUGCACUGUCUGUGAGGAUUAUGACCUGUGCAUCACCUGCUACAACACUAAAAACCACGAGCACAAGAUGGAGAAACUGGGUCUUGGUAUUGAUGACGAGAGCAACAACCAGCAGACAGCCACCACUCAGAGCCCUGGAGAUUCGCGUCGCCUGAGCAUCCAACGCUGCAUCCAGUCCUUGGUCCAUGCCUGCCAGUGUCGCAACGCCAACUGUUCACUGCCGUCCUGCCAGAAGAUGAAGAGGGUUGUCCAACACACCAAAGGUUGCAAGCGCAAAACCAAUGGAGGAUGCCCAAUUUGCAAGCAGCUCAUUGCUCUUUGCUGCUACCAUGCUAAGCACUGCCAGGAGAACAAGUGUCCCGUGCCCUUUUGCCUCAACAUCAAACACAAGCUUCGUCAGCAACAGCUUCAGCAUCGCCUGCAGCAGGCCCAGAUGCUUCGAAGGAGGAUGGCGAGCAUGAACAGGACCGGCAUGGUAGGCCAGCAGCAGCCACUGCCCUCGCCAACACCAGCCACACCAACUACUCCAACAGGCCAGCAGCCCCCAACUCCACAGACCCCACAGCCGCAGCCUCCACCCCAGCCUGCCUCGCAGCCACAACCUGCACCUCCCAAUAACGUGCCUCCAUUUAACAUUUCAAGAAUUCAACCUUCUGGUGCUGUGUCGCAAGGCAAGGCAGGUGGCCAGGUAACUCCUCCAACAACUCCUCAGACUGCUCAGCCACCUAUCCAGGGCCCUCCUGCAGCUGCAGUGGAAAUAGCCAUGCAGAUACAGCGAGUAGCAGAUCACCAGCGGCAGAUGGCUCAUGUUCCAAUUUUCCAGAGGCCAAUUCAACACCAGAUGCCCCAAAUGAAUCCAAUACAGCCUAUGGGUGUAACACAGCCUCAGAUGGCCAGAGGUCCUGGUGGCCACAUAGAUCAAGGAAUGGGACCAACAGGUCUUCAGCAACAGCCUGCAUGGGCCCAGGGUGGGUUGCCCCAACCUCAGCAGCUGCAGCCAGGAAUGCAGAGACCCUCAAUGAUGUCAAUGGCCCAGCCUGGGCAGCCGAUGAAUAUGUCACCACAGCCAGGAAUGGGUCAAGUACCUGGUGCAGCUCAGUCAAAACCAAGUUCUCUGCCCCAGGCAGCCUUACAAAACCUGCUGCGGACUCUCAGGUCACCCAGCUCUCCCAUGCAGCAGCAGCAGGUACUUAACAUCCUGCACUCCAACCCUCAGCUGUUAGCCGCUUUCAUCAAGCAGCGGGCUGCCAAGUAUGCUGGGAACCAGAAUCCACAGGGCAUGCCAGGCCAGCCUGGAAUGCCGCAGGGGCAACCAGGGCUGCAGCAGCAGCAGGCUAUGUCUGGGCAGCAAGGUGUGCACCCAAAUCCAGCCAUGCAAAACAUGAAUCCGAUGCAAGCGGGUGUCCAGAGGCCCAGCAUGCCGCAGCAGUCACCACCCCAGCAGCCUCCACCCCAGCAGGCCAUGGGUGGGAUGAAUCCUCAGGCACAGCCAAUGAACAUGAAUCACUCAGCAAUGUCUCCCCAGUUUCGGGAUCUCCUUAUGAGACGACAUCAAAUGAUUGAACAGCAGCGUCAGCAGCAGCAGCAGCAGCAGCAGCAGCAAGGAGCAGGACCAGGGCUGGGUCCUGGCAUGGCCAACCAUAACCAAUUCCAACAGCCCCAGGGAGUCGGGUACCCCCAACAGCAGCAGCAACGGAUGCAGCAUCACAUGCAGCAGAUGCAGCAAGGAAACAUGGGACAAAUGAGCCAGCUUCCACAAGCAAUGAGUGCGGACACAGGAUCAAGUUUGCAGCAAGCUUUCCAGCAGCGGCUACUCCAGCAGCAGAUGGGAUCACCAGCUCAGCCCAAUCCCAUGAGCCCCCAACAGCACAUGCUCCCUAGCCAGGCCCAGUCCCCACACUUACAAGGCCAGCAGAUUCCAUCAUCGCUCACCAAUCAAGUGCGUUCCCCACAGCCGGUCCCCUCACCACGUCCCCAGUCCCAGCCACCCCAUUCCAGCCCUUCCCCUAGGAUGCAGCCUCAACCUUCUCCACAUCACGUCUCCCCACAGACCAGCUCCCCACAUCCAGGACUGGUAGCUGCCCAAGCUAACCCUAUGGAUCAGGGGCAUUUUGCCAGCCCGGACCAGAGUGCAAUGCUUUCUCAGCUUGCUAGCAAUCCAGGCAUGGCAGGUCUCCACGGUGCAAGUGCCACAGAACUGGGACUCAGCUCAGAUAAUUCAGACUUGAAUACAAACCUUUCACAGAGUACACUAGACAUACACUAAGACACAUUGUAGCAUUUUGGGAGCAAAAAAACCUUAUUUUCACAAGACUUUUUGUACUGAAGACAAUUUUUUUUGAAUCUUUCUUAGCAGAACAUUUUUCCCUGGAAUACAUCUGAACUCUGCAGCAGUAGUUUAUGGUUUUAAAAACUCAAAACCAACAAAAUGAACCUGAGGGACAAUAGAAUACAAAGAAAAUAUAUUUUUGUUAUGGCUGGGAUCCUAAACCAGUCUUUUUUCUUGUUUUUGUUUUCCCAUCGCGUGCGUUGGGGAGGUGCUUGGGAAGGGAAUAGUUAUUUGGCUGCUGACCAAAUGACCCUUCUCUGGCCUCCAAUAGGUUUUAUUUUUUUUUAAAUUAAUGAAAAUAUGUAAUAUUGAUAGUUAUAAUUUACUGAGGCAGAUGGUUAACUUUUUCCCUAUUCUGGUUUUCCUCAUGUCUACUGCAAAAAAAAAAACAGAACAUUACCUAAAACUGGAGGACAAAAAAGGGUGAAUGUUGCUUUAAAAAUACAGUGCAUAUAUAUAAAUAUAUAUUAAAGAUAAAUACCAAUUUUUCCUCUUUGGUUGGAAAGAUGUCAAUUCUUUUAAAAACUGUAAAAAAAAUAUUAAGUAACCCAGUCUCCCUCCCGAAGUCUACUUUUGUCCUCCAAGAAUUUUCUAUACCAGAGUCUGAGCUUAAACUUCAAGUAUUAAAAUUUGUACAUGUAGAGAGAAGACAACUUUUUUGCAAAUACACGGGGGCAGCUGCCAAAUGGAUGUAGUAUAUAUAUUGUGGUUUGUUUUCUUGAAAGAUUUUUUUUGUUAUUUUUACAUCUAACAAAGGAAAAAAAUAAAGAGGGUAAGAAACUAUUCCAAGGGUAUAAUUUUAACCUGAGAGAAAAUCCCUGGGGUUUCUUCUUUAUGCUUGCUUUCUCUUUCCCUCCCCUCCCUUUUCCUCCUCUUCCAUUUUCUGUAAAACUUGAAAAUAGAAAGCAAAAAACCCUCAAAUGUUGUAAAUCAUGCAAUUAAAGUUGAUUACUUAUAAAUAUGAACUUUCGAUCACUGUAUAGACUGUUAAUUGAUUUCUUAUUACCUAUUGUUAAAUAAACUGUGUGAGACAGACUGA